AUGUCUCUCGACGAACAAAAUUUAUAUGUGUUCAGGGGGUUUAGGCCGGAAUUCAGAGCGGUGGCGGCGUCUCUCACGGUUACGGGAUCGCCGGUGACCAUCCCUCAACUCGCAGACUUCCUCCAGGCGCAGGAGUUCAUUUAUGCAGACGAGUUCCUCCUGGUUGAUCAGAAUCGCAACUCCUCUCCAGUCGCCAUGUACGCCGGGCAGGGGCAGAACCACCGGCAGAACAGCAAUGGCGGUGGCCGUGGGCAGAAUCGCGGCCGCGGGCAGAACAGAGGACGCGGCGGCCGUGGGCAGAAUCGCAGCGGUGGUGGUGGUUCCCCUUGCUGUCAGAUAUGCAGGUGUCAUGGGCAUACCGCUGUGUAUUGCUCCAAGAGAUACAACACCCAGCCGCCGGCACCACCGCAGGCCCACGUCGCGACCACCGGAGACGACGGGGCAGGUUCUGCGUCGGAGACGUGGUUCCCGGACUCCGGGAUGAUCGGCCAGGCCGAGGAGUACACUGGAGGCGAUGUCCUUCGGGUUGGAAACGGUACAGGUUUGGGAAUUUCCUCUGUUGGACAUGCAUCUAUUCCGUCGGUUUCUAAAAAUUUAAAACUGUCAAAUAUUCUGCAUGUCCCAAAUUUGUCUGUUCCCCUUCUUUCUGUUCAUCGUUUUACAAGUGAUAAUGCAGUGUUCUUUGAAUUUCACAAUACUUAUUUUGUUGUUAAGGAUUCAAUUACCAAGGAGAACGUCAGUUCUCACGUUCUAUCAAGGCAAUACAGUCAGAUUUAG